AUGCUGGCUACUGCGACCAGGCCAGGCCUUGGUGACCUCCCCAAGUCCGCCUCAGUGAUCCGGGCCUCCACUCUCAAGCUCAGCUCGGCUCAGCACCCACGUGUUGUCAGCAGCUCCUAUUACGUAACUCCCUCCUGUCAGACAAAAGCCUGGCCGGCCAAAGCACAAAUCAGUGGCAACUUUGGCCCGGCAGCGGAGGCUAGGCUGUUCUGUCGGUCAGGCGGUAAUCAGUCGCAGGCCUACCCUGCGUCAGUGUCCCCGGCCUACUCCGCGUCAGUGUCGCCGGCCUACCCCGCGUCAGUGUCGCCGGCCUACCCCGCGUCAGUGUCGCCGGCCUACCCCGCGUCAGUGUCGCCGGCCUACCCCGCGUCAGUGUCGCCAGCCUACCCUGCGUCAGUGUCGCCGGCCUACCUUGCGUCAGUGUCGCCGGCCUACCCCGCGUCAGUGUCGCCGGCCUACCUUGCGUCAGUGUCGCCGGCCUACCCUGCGUCAGUGGAGCCGGCCUACCCCGCGUCAGUGGAGCCGGCCUACCCUGCGUCAGUGGAGGCGGCCUACCCUGCGUCAGUGUCGCCGGCCUACCCCGCGUCAGUGGAGCCGGCCUACCCCGCGUCAGUGGAGCCGGCCUACCCCGCGUCAGUGGAGCCGGCCUACCCCGCGUCAGUGGAGUCGGCCUACCCUGCGUCAGUGGAGCCUUGUUUCAGUUGUCAGCUUCAGUGGGAGGGCAGCCUACCGUUUGCCUAUCUUGUGCACUGCGUGGCUGGUCUUGUGGGGAAGGCAGUUCCCCUAGAUAUUUCUCCUGACCUAAUGCCCCCCGCCGCCCCGUAA